AAUGCCACGGCUGCCAAACCGAGGACCCUCCAACCCUCCAAAGCUUUUUUCGUCUCUGCGCCAUUUGCAGUCCUCUGCAUCAAUCGCUGCCAAUUUCCUCCCUCAAGCCUCUCUUAUCACCCGUCGCCCUUCUCACUCCUGUAAAUCCCCCGUUCCUCUCCCCCCUUCUCUCCCUCUUCACGCAGCACAUGCCUGCUUUUUCUAACCAUGCUGUCGCGAAACGCUGCUAGAUCUGCCCAGCGCCUGGCGCGGACGGCUACUCGCCAACAAUCCCACUUCCAGAACGCCUCCCGAUCUUUCGCGACCGUCCAGUCCGAUAUCUUCCAGCCGACCAAGUAUGGCGGCAAGUACACCGUCACCCUCAUCCCCGGCGACGGCAUCGGCGCCGAGGUGGCCGAGAGCGUCAAGACUAUCUUCAAGGCCGACAGCGUGCCCAUCACUUGGGAGCAGGUGGACGUUUCUGGCGUCGAGAGCGGCGCCCCCGGCAGCCUCGAGGAGAUGUUCCGCGAAUCGGUCGCCUCCCUGAAGAGGAACAAGCUGGGGCUGAAGGGUAUCCUACACACCCCCAUCAGCAGGUCGGGGCACCAGAGCUUCAACGUGGCCAUGCGCCAAGAGCUCGACAUCUACGCCUCCAUCUCCCUCAUCAAGAACAUCCCCGGCUACAACACGCGCCACAAGGACGUUGAUCUCUGCAUCAUCCGAGAAAACACCGAGGGCGAGUACAGCGGUCUCGAGCACCAGAGCGUGCCGGGCGUCGUCGAGUCGCUCAAGAUCAUCACCCGCGCCAAGUCGGAGCGCAUCGCCAAGUUCGCUUUCUCGUUCGCGCUGGCUAACAACCGGAAGAAGGUAACGUGCAUCCACAAGGCCAACAUCAUGAAGCUGGCCGACGGCCUGUUCCGUAGCACCUUCCACAAGACGGCCGCCGAGUAUCCGACGCUGGAGACCAACGACAUGAUCGUGGACAACGCCAGCAUGCAGUGCGUGUCGCGGCCCCAGCAAUUCGACGUCAUGGUCAUGCCCAACCUCUACGGCGGCAUCCUGUCCAACAUCGGCGCCGCCCUGGUCGGCGGCCCCGGCAUCGUGCCCGGCUGCAACAUGGGCCGCGAGGUUGCCGUCUUCGAGCCCGGCUGCCGGCACGUCGGCCUCGACAUCAAGGGGAAGGAUCAGGCCAACCCUACCGCUCUCCUGCUGUCCGGGUCGAUGCUGCUCCGCCACCUCGGCCUGGACGACCACGCCAACCGCAUCUCCAAGGCCGUCUACGGCGUAAUUGCCGAAGGAAAGUACCGCACGCGCGACAUGGGUGGCGAGGCCAGCACACACUCGUUCACCCGCGCGAUCCUGGACAAGAUGGAGACCUUGUAAUCGGAUGCAUCCGAGCUCGCAGUCCUAAAGACUCGCCGCCGAGACCACACGCCGUCUGCCGCCUGCCGCCUAUUUGCUUGCCCGGUUUACUCCUAAUAGAUAGAAGAGGGUGGAAUACAGAAGGAUUUAGGUGAGGAGGAAUAGAGGGGGGG